AGAACACUCGUCUCGAUCACUCGUCGUCCGGCGCGCGUCCACUACACACCUUAACACUUGAGGAGGAUAAUUCCUUUUUUCUUCCUUUAACCGAAAGAAAGUUUUAAACCCCAAUACACAAAAUGUCUCUCGCGGAUCCCGUGGCUUUUGCCAAGGAUUUUCUCGCUGGUGGUUGUGCCGCUGCUAUUUCAAAAACAGCUGUAGCGCCGAUCGAACGUGUCAAGCUGCUUCUUCAGGUACAGCACAUCUCCAAGCAGAUCGCCGAGGACCAGCGUUACAAGGGUAUGAUCGACUGUUUCGUUCGUAUCCCAAAAGAACAGGGUUUCCUCAGUUUCUGGCGUGGUAACUUCGCCAACGUUAUCCGGUACUUCCCAACUCAGGCCCUCAACUUUGCCUUCAAGGACAAGUACAAGCAGGUGUUCCUCGGUGGUGUUGAUAAGAACACGCAGUUCUGGCGUUACUUCGCUGGAAAUCUUGCUUCAGGUGGUGCUGCUGGUGCCACGUCACUCUGCUUUGUCUAUCCACUCGACUUUGCCAGAACCAGAUUAGCCGCUGAUGUGGGUAAAGCCGGUGGUGAACGUGAAUUCACUGGUCUCGGCAACUGCCUGACUAAAAUCUUCAAAUCUGACGGUCUGGUUGGCCUGUACCGUGGAUUCGGUGUAUCAGUGCAGGGUAUCAUUAUCUACCGUGCUUCAUACUUCGGUUUCUAUGACACAGCACGUGGUAUGCUCCCAGACCCGAAGAAGACUCCAUUCCUGGUUUCAUGGGGUAUUGCACAGUGUGUCACAACUGUCGCUGGUAUUAUCUCAUAUCCAUUCGACACAGUACGUAGGCGUAUGAUGAUGCAGUCUGGGCGUGCCAAGUCUGAAAUGCUCUACAAGAACACUCUUCACUGCUGGGGAACUAUCUACAGGAGCGAGGGUGGUGGUGCCUUCUUCAAGGGUGCAUUCUCGAAUGUCCUCCGUGGUACUGGUGGUGCCCUUGUAUUGGUACUCUACGACGAGAUCAAGAACCUCCUCUAAACAGUUAUAUUCAGUCCACAACAACAACAAGAACAACUGAAACAACUUUAUCCCCUAUUUUUUUUUCCCCCCUUCACCCAUUCACUCGACAGAACACCCUGCGACCCCUCACAUCCUUCAUCAUCAACAGUAAUCACCGGAAUAAUCACGAUUGAAACGUGAUAGAUGUCAAGCAAUUGGAGGAACCGGAAAUAAAUAGACUGUCCACGUCCGAGUCUCUGGAUAUCAUCUACAGUCAUUGGAGAAAAAAAAAGGAAAAACUUAAAAAAAUACUCGAAGACAAAGGAGAGAAUAAAACUUGUCGACAAUUUCAUGAAUGAAAACAAAAGAACAAGUUAAAGUCGUUUGCAGAGGCUUUGAGGCCUCUCGGCUCUCAAUUAAACAAGCUUUAACUCAAUUCUGUUUCAGUUUUUUUUUUCGUUCUUUCUUUUGUUAAUUUAUUGCCGGAUUCAGUAUUCUUUGCAGUGACUCCCGGUACGACAUUAUUUAAAUGAAAAAAAAAAAUAGUUGAAUUUUUAAUUUAAUGAAACAAUUCCUCGCUUGCGAGUGGAUCGCGGGCGUGGUAACGACAUUUGUGAAAUUGAUUGGCACGUCCCUCAAAACGACGACUGCCUAACAAAAAAAAAAGGAAAAUAAAUAAUUUAAAAACCACAAAAACUAGAACAUUCAUAAUUUAAUGUAACGCUAUCCAGCGCGAGUCAGUGGGCUCAUCAUGUUGAUGAGUAAUUUAAAAUAAUUGAGGACGAUGGUGAAAUUGUAAUGAGGUAAAAAUGCAAAGAAAGUUAAACCUAAUUAAUUUAAACAGACAUGAGAGGGACGCGCGACGAUUUAUAAAUAAACAACAUAAAGAACCAUCGACGACGAUGGCGGGGCGCGUAGACCUGGGCUGCCCCCGCCCUUUAUUCUCGGCCCAUUGUAGAUAAUUAAUAAUUCGUAAUAAUUACAUGAAGAAAAACGAGGAUGCGAUCAUUGAACGAUAUCCAUGAACAAAAAGUACACCGAGUUUAGGGGGAUGAUUAACAAUAAAAAUCAAUUACUUCGCACUCCAGACAACAACGUGUAAGAUAAUGACUAAAGAUCAAUGAGUCUGUGUAUGCAUCUACUUCUGUUCAUGUUAGGAUGUAUGCAGAUCAACUGUCAAAUCAAUAAAAAAGAAAGAAGUGGAAAAUUA